AGUUAGGAUCACUGAUUGGUUGUUAACAAAGAUUGUCCCGGCGUCUACUGUACGGUCAGCCUUCGUAUUAUGAAGACGGCGUCAGAUUCAAAGGGAUUUUCAAUAAGCAUUUGUGAGUCAUGUCGACCCAACCAGAGGGUCGAGGACCUGAAGAGGCCAGCAAAGACCUGCUGCGAUCCCAGGCAACAAGCUUAAAGGAGCUGAAGCAGAGAGGAGGGGAGAGGAGGCGAGGAGGACAGAGUCAAGAGGAGGAAAAGGGAGGAGGAGGAGCAGAUCUUUGGGGCCAGAAGAGAUGGAGAGUGCAACAGCUGGAGAAAGACAAGCUGGACAUGAUUGCUGCCAACAACCACGAGGUCUCUGGGCUGCAGGCGGUGUUGACGGGGUUACGGGCGGAGCUGGAGAGAGGAGAGGUGGAGCGACAGAGCCUGGAGUACCAGCUGGCCCUGAGCCACAGACAGACGGACAGAGAGGCAGAGCGGAGCGCCACCCUCACCACACACAACCACACUCUGAGGGAGCGUGUGCUGCAGCUGGAAGAGAGGGUUUCUGAGGUGGAGGGGGGCCUGCGUGCCAGAGAACAGGACCAGCAUGCAUUGCUACAGGAAGUGAGUGAAGCUGAACGUCUGAAGAAGAAGGCACACGCACAAAACCACCGGCUGACCCAAGAGACCCAGCAGCUGCACUCACUGCUGAAGGAGAAGGAGGAGGCCUUUCAGGAGGUGAAGAGGAGGCUGCAGGAGGCGGAGAGAGAGAGAGAGAAGGACACCGAGGCACUCAGGGAGCUGACCGGCACACUGCACCUCCUACAGGGGAGAGAGGAGGAGAGCAGACGACAAGAGGAGCAGUGGAUCCUGAGGAUCAGGUGUUUGGAGUCCAACAUUGAGGCAGAGAGAGCGGCUCACAUAGAGGCUAAGGUGCGCGUCCAGGCCCUGGAGGGAGAGGCUGCUGUUGCGAGGUCUGGCCAACAGGAGGCGCUCAGUGACCUACAGCUCCUCAGGUCUCAGUUCAGAGAGGUGGAGCGAGCCAUCAACACCACACACACUGUGGACAUGUUAGAGAAGCAGUACCAGCAGUUUAAAUCUGAUAUGAACGUUGCCUUGGAGACGGAGAGGAAGGCGACCUCUGAUGUGGGCGACAUGCUGGAGGAAGAGAAGAAAAGGCACGCACAUACACACUCACUGCUGGAACAGUCUAGUAAGAAACAGGUGUAUCUUGAAGAGCUCCAUGUGAGCUGUACAAUGCAGAUCAGAAAGACCCUGGACCAUCACCACAACACAGGAAGGUGUGUCACAGCCACACAGGAAGUGAAGGAUAAUUCCUCUGCUGAAGUCUUGGAACAUCUCACAGAAACUCUUAAUAACUACCAUCAAAACCUGGAAAUAGCUACACAACAGGUCCAGGAUCUCCUUUGUGCUUCAGAGAAAAUCGAUGAGGAGAACAAAGCCCUCAGAGUCCUCAUCUCAGACCAGAGACAGCACAACCAGGAAUUGGAGAUGAUUCUUUCAACCCAAAAACAGGAAGUGAUGCGUCUGCAACAGGAGAGCUCAGAUUGGUCAAAGUGGAGCCAAGAUUUCAAGGGGCAGCUGGAGCAGAGCCGACUUGCCCUGGAGAGAGAGCGAGAGGAGAGGAAGAUGGAGGGGGAGAGAGUGACAAAGGAGAGGAAGAUGGAGGGCGAGAGAGAAAGAGAGGAGAGGCAGAUUGAAGUCCAAAAGAUAACCGACGUCUACCAUAAGGAAACCAAGAAGUCUUUGUCUUUCCUCUACUGUCUAUAUCAGCAUCUCCUGGUUGGCCGUGACCCGCCCCAGAGCAUCAUGGGAAAUUUCACCUGGUCAGAGCUUUGUGAUGUCAUCACCCAGCGGGUGGACAGACUGACCCUUGACCUCAGCAACGCCAACGACAAGCUAAGUGUGUGUGUACAGGAGCUGCAGAAGAGUCAGGAGUGUGUCUCUCGUCACGAAGACAGUAUGAGACGGAGAGAAGAGCUCUGCGUCUCCCUCCAGCAGCGUCUCUCCUGCAGCCAGCUCCAGUGCUCCUCCCUGACCUCUGACCUGGGCGAGGUGCAGGCUGUCCUGGAGGGCGAGCGCCGGGCGGGGGCGGGGCUGCUGGCGGCGUGCGCCCUCCUGGCGGGGGUCCUGCUGGAGUGCCGGCGGCGCUGCGUCUCCCUGCGCCUCCAGAAGGAGGUGCUGCUGCGGCGGCGGCCCCGGGAGGAGGCCCGGGACCAGCUGGAGGAGGAGGUGGGCCGGCUGGCGUCGGCGCUCGGGGGCGAGGAGGAGGAGGAGGGCGGGGCGGAGAGAGGGAGGGGGAGGGGCCUGAGGCGGUGGAGGGUGUGCACGUGCGCGCUCCUGGCACUCAACCGGAUGCGUGUGUGUGCGGCCGCGGCGCGCGUGUGUGUGCGUCUGGACGGGGGGCCGGGGGCGCUGUGCGUCAGGCUGCCCCCCCGCCUGGCCACGCCCACUCCAGACAGGGAUCAGGAGGAGGAGGAUGAUGAUGGUGUAGGAGAGGAUGAAGAGCCUGGUGCUUUGUGUGUCAGUUGGCUUCGGUCCAAACCGCUCCACCUCCUACUCUGCUCCUCCAUGUCCGGACUACAGGAGCUGCUGUCACACACUGGACCCUCCCAUCAGGAGUUGGAAUCAGCCGCCAACAGUGGGUUGUCCCGCCUCUUGGUUGCCCUUCUCCACCAAUCAGAUGAGCUGUUCACUGUGACGGACACCAGGGAGCUUUCGCUGGCUAGCAGGCUGGGCCGCGGGUUGGCUAGGCUAGAAGCUAGCACGCAGCGGAGUAGCAGGGGUGUGGUUGAGAAGCUCCAGCAGCACUUCCUGGUUUUCAGCCAACGGCUGCACUCGGCUGAGGUGGAGAGGCGGGCUCUCAGGCUGGAAGUGGCCAAUCAGAAGCAGAUGGCUAAAGCACACCAGGACUGCGGCCACCAGGUACCACCAGAGAGGUUUAACAGUGUGUGUGAGGAGCUCCGUGCUGCCCUGAACCGAGAGGAACAACUCCAGAUGCUUCUGAAGAAACAACACGCUCAGAACCACACACACAACCAGUGUCGUCAGGAGUUGCGUCGUAAAGACCAGGCUCUAAGGAUUCUGGGUAAGCACAUCUCUGGCAUGCAGAGGGAGAAGAGAGAGCUGGAGGACUUUCAACAUUCUCUCACAUAGGAAGAAUUGAGCAGUCACUGACUGAUGUCACCACCUCAGUGGCUGUAGGAUCAAUGGACACGAGAAGCAGAAUGACAAGAGCCAAUGGACAGCCACCAGUCACUGAUGACAUCAUCACAGGCUGCGGAUCUGCAGAGCAGGAAAACAGUGAACCUGAUGAGUGGAUGUCCCACUGACAGAAAAAUAUUAUUUGAAUCAAAUCAAUCUCAUUCACAGAACAAAAUGUUGUUUUCUGGAAAAAAACUAUUUGAUUCUGAUCAAAUAUUUAUUCUGAUGCAGACAGGCAAUUUACCAUUUACUUCAAAUGUGAAGUAAUCCAAUUCUGUAUUGAUCUGCUUUUACUCAUCACUGGAUAUGUGUCGAUGUUAAAAGUUGUAGGCAGAGUUGUGGAAGAGUGUAGAGUUCAUUAAAAAACGGAAUGAAAGCUGAUA